AUGGGCACUGGGCGUCAGUGCUGGGGGGGGGAAGGGGGGGGUCGGGGGGGGGGGGCUAAGGCGGGGGGGGGGGGGGGGGGGGGGGGGGGGGGGGGGGGGGGGGGGGGGGGGGGGGGGGGGGGGGGGGGGGGGGGGGGGGGGGGGGGGGGGGGGGGGGGGGGGGGGGGGGGGGGGGGGGGGGGGGGGGGGGGGGGGGGGGGGGGGGGGGGGGGGGGGGGGGGGGGGGGGGGGGGGGGGGGGGGGGGGGGGGGGGGGGGGGGGGGGGGGGGGGGGGGGGGGGGGGGGGGGGGGGGGGGGGGGGGGGGGGGGGGGGGGGGGGGGGGGGGGGGGGGGGACCUUUUGGAGUCGGGCAGUGCUGGGACAUAA